AUUAUAAAUCUAGAGACUCCAGGAUUUUAACGUUCUGCUGGACUGAGCUGGUUGCUUCAUGUUAUUGUGCAGGCGACUCACUUUAUCCCAAUUUCUUGAACUUUUCCUUCUGGAGGUCCUACCUCUCUAACAUCUUCCAGAAAAGUCUUAAAGCUGCUUUAACCUUUUUUCCAGUCCACCUCUUAAAUUUUUUCCUCCUCUUCCUCUAUACUAACAUGAGUGUGGAUCCAGCUUGUCCCCAAAGCUUGCCUUGCUUCGAAGCAUCCGACUGUAAAGAAUCUUCACCUAUGCCUGUGAUUUGUGGGCCUGAAGAAAACUAUCCAUCCUUGCAAAUGUCUUCUGCUGAGAUACCUCACACGGAGACUGUCUCUCCUCUUCCUUCCUCCAUGGAUCUGCCUAUUCAGGACAGCCCUGAUUCUUCCACCAGUCCCAAAGGCAAACAACCCACUUCUGCAGAGAAGAGUGCCACAAAAAAGGAAGACAAGGUCCCAGUCAAGAAACAGAAGACCAGAACUGUGUUCUCUUCCACCCAGCUGUGUGUACUCAAUGAUAGAUUUCAGAGACAGAAAUACCUCAGCCUCCAGCAGAUGCAAGAACUCUCCAACAUCCUGAACCUCAGCUACAAACAGGUGAAGACCUGGUUCCAGAACCAGAGAAUGAAAUCUAAGAGGUGGCAGAAAAACAACUGGCCGAAGAAUAGCAAUGGUGUGACGCAGAAGGCCUCAGCACCUACCUACCCCAGCCUCUACUCUUCCUACCACCAGGGAUGCCUGGUGAACCCAACUGGGAACCUUCCAAUGUGGAGCAACCAGACCUGGAACAAUUCAACCUGGAGCAACCAGACGCAGAACAUCCAGUCCUGGAGCAACCACUCCUGGAACACUCAGACCUGGUGCACCCAAUCCUGGAACAAUCAGGCCUGGAACAGUCCCUUCUAUAACUGUGGAGAAGAAUCUCUGCAGUCCUGCAUGCAGUUCCAGCCAAAUUCUCCUGCCAGUGACUUGGAGUCUGCCUUGGAAGCUGCUGGGGAAGGCCUUAAUGUAAUACAGCAGACCACUAGGUAUUUUAGUACUCCACAAACCAUGGAUUUAUUCCUAAACUACUCCACGAACAUGCAACCUGAAGACGUGUGAAGAUGAGUGAAAUUGAUAUUACUCAAUUUCAGUCUGGACACUGGCUGAAUCCUUCCUUUCCCCUCCUCCCAUCCCUCAUAGGAUUUUUCUUGUUUGGAAACCACGUGUUCUGGUUUCCAUGAUGCCUAUCCAGUCAAUCUCAUGGAGGGUGGAUUAUGGUUGGAGCCUAAUCAGCGAGGUUUCUUUUUUUUUUUUUUUCCUAUUGGAUCUUCCUGGAGAAAAUACUUUUUUUGUUUGUUUGUUUUUGAGACGGAGUCUUGCUCUGUCGCCCAGGCUGGAGUGCAGUGGCGCGGUCUUGGCUCACUGCAAGCUCUGUCUCCCGGGUUCACGCCAUUCUCCUGCCUCAGCCUCCCGAGCAGCUGGGACUACAGGCGCCCACCACCUUGCCCGGCUAAUAUUUUAUAUUUUUAGUAGAGACGGGGUUUCACUGUGUUAGCCAGGAUGGUCUCGAUCUCCUGACCUUGUGAUCCGCCCACCUCGGCCUCCCUAAGAGCUGGGAUUACAGGCGUGAGCCACCGCGCCCUGCCUAGAAAAGACAUUUUAAUAACCUUGGCUGCUAAGGACAACAUUGAUAGAAGCCGUCUCUGGCUAUAGAUAAGUAGAUCUAAUACUAGUUUGGAUAUCUUUAGGGUUUAGAAUCUAACCUCAAGAAUAAGAAAUACAAGUACAAAUUGGUGAUGAAUAUGUAUUCGUAUUGUUUGGGAUUGGGAGGCUUUGCUUAUUUUUUAAAAACUAUUGAGGUAAAGGGUUAAGCUGUAACAUACUUAAUUGAUUUCUUACCGUUUUUGGCUCUGUUUUGCUAUAUCCCCUAAUUUGUUGGUUAUGCUAAUCUUUGUAGGAAGAGGUCUCGUAUUUGCUGCAUCAUAAUGACAUUAGUACUACUUUAGUUGGUUUAAAUUCAAAUGAAUGAAACUAUUUUUCCUUUAGUUGAUUUUACCCUGAUUUCACUGAGUGUUUCAAUGAGUAAAUAUACAGCUUAAACAUAAAUCUUUGUUAAAUUUUUGGUUGGGGUGGAGAAGGAAAUUAGCUGAGGACACUGCUAUCUUAGAAAUGCAUAGAAAUAGCUGAGCGUGGUGGCCUAUGCCUGUAGUCCCAGCUACUUGGGAGGCUGAGGCAGGAGAAUCGCUUGAACCUGGUAGGUGGAGGUUGUAGUGAGCCAAUAUCACACCAUUGCACUCCAGCUUGGGCGACAAGAGCAAAACUCCCAUCUCAAAAAUAAAUAAAUAAAUAAAUGAAUAAUAAAUAAAUAUGCCAGUUUUAGAAAAAAGGGCACUUACGUGCAUUGUAGGUAAUCUACAAAUGUAAUGGGUUAUUUCAGUGUAUGAAUCUGUAAUUGAUGCUAACAUUUAAAGUUUCAUCAGAGGCGUAUAUGUAAGUAAAUUCUAAGGCUAGUGGAAACAGAUUUAUGUUCUCACCUUAAGAGCAGCUACGCAGGCAUCUGUGAAUUAUACUAAUAAUCCUUUACUGUCCUUUUCCCAUCUUGUGCCUGCCCUAAAUGUAUCUGAUCUGAGAGCACUUCCCUUCACUCUGAAGCAGCAUGAUGCAGGUUAUCAGAGUGGUUUUUUCCAGUCUUUUCUCAUUAUUUCUCCAAUUGUCCAAUGUUACUCUCUAAGACUAUCCAGUCUAAUUAUCUAGCUAAUUGGCCAAGAGAAGAAGUAAGGUAUAGUUCCAAGUGUUUGUUUUUUUUUGUUUUAUUUUGUUUUUUUUAAGACUGGAGUCUCACUCUGUUGCCCAGGCUGGAGUGUAGUGGAGCGAUCUCUGCUCACCGCAACCUCCGCCUCCCAGGUUCAAGUGAUUCUCCUGCCUCAGCCUCCCAAGUAGCUGGGACUACAGGCGCGAGCCACCAUGCACAGCUAAUUGUAUUUUUAGUAGAGACAGGGUUUCACUAUGUUGGCCAGGCUGGUCUUGAACUCCUGACCUCGUGAUCCACCAGCCUUGGCCUCCCAAAGUGUUGGGAUUACAGGCGUGAGCCACUGCGCCUGGCCUAUCGUUUGUUUUUUUAGACAGUCUCGCUCUAUUGCCUAGGCUGGAGUGCAGUGGCACAAUCUUGGCUCACUGCAACCUCCGCCUCCUGGGUUCAAUCAAUUCUCCUGCCUCAGCCUCUGCCGAGUAGCUGGGACUACAGGCGCCUGCCACCAAGCCCAGCUAAUUUUUGUUUUUUUGUGGUGCGAUCUCAGCUCACUGCAACCUCUGUUUCCUGGGUUCAAGCAAUUCUCCUGCCUCAGCCUCCCAAGUAGCUGGGAUUACAGGCACCCAACAUUACACCCGGCUAAUUUUUGGUAUUUUUAGUAGAGAUGGGGUUUCACCAUGUUGGCCAGCCUGGUCUCGAACUCCUGACCUCAGGUGAUCCGCCUGCCUCGGCCUCCCAAAGUGGUGGGAUUAUAGGUGUGAGCCACUGUGUCUGGGCAAUUUUUUUUUUUUUU